AUGGCUGACCCUCUUUUCCACUUGCUCAAGCAAGAUAAAGUAGAGAGUCAUCCUCAUGGAGCAGAAGAAUACAUCCGAUUCGAAGCCAUCAGUGCCACUCCCCGGGAAUUAACCAAAAGAGAGGUCGAAGAAGCAUCUGCAGCAGAUGAAGAACUAAAAGUCUUGAGAGAAGCGAUUAAAACAGGCCGAUUUGAGAAAUGCAAAGAGUAUGCACCAGCCGCAGGAGAACUGUGUGUGAUUGGACAGCUGGUCUUAAGAGGUACCCGUAUUGUAUUACCAAACAAAUUCAGAUCUCAAGCAAUCAGCUUAGCCCACGAGGGGCACCUGGGAAUCGUUGGUACAAAGCAAAAUUUAAGAAGUAAAGUGUGGUGGCCUCGUAUGGAUAAGGCGGCAGAAAAAUUCUGCAAGUCCUGUCAUGGAUGUCAACUGGUAUCUCGCCCAGACGCACCCGAACCAUUGAGAUCCACUACACUACCGGAAGGGCCUUGGCAAGACCUAGCCGUAGAUCUUCUUGGACCACUUCCAUCUGGGCACACAAUUCUCGUUGUUGUGGACUACUACAGCCGUUAUUAUGAGUAUACAAUCAUGACGUCAACCGUCACAGAGAAAGUAAUCGACAACCUGGAGGAAAUCUUUAGCCGCGAUGGCCUUCCUCUGACCAUCAAGUCAGACAAUGGUCCACCAUUCCGCUCAGAAGAAUUUCGGGAAUAUUGUAAGUAG